AUGGCUGGCACGGCAACAGUUCAAUUUGGACCUGGUGAUCCCUAUCAGUCAAUUGGGUCAAUCGAUGUGCCUACACCUAUCAGUACUAUACGGUUCUAUAUCCUAACAUCCACAACAUCAUUCCUAAUGUCGCUAUAUGAACUCGAUAAACUAAAACUUUAUUUUGACAAUACCUGCAAUCUCCUUGUCAAUAAGAAAACAGGAAAAACAACACCAGUUAUUCGUCAGUUUGGCCAUCCGUUUCUUGUAUGGGAUUACUCCUACCACACUUACUUACUUGCUUUAUUCGACCACAACCCCUGCCUCCUCACCAAUGCCAAAUUACACCGCCUACACUGCCGAUUUAGACACCCUUCAACUAAUAGACUUCGCCGGGUACUUACACGUGCGGGCCACGAAACCAACAAGGAAGCAAUUGAGUACAUUCGCAAAUUCUGCCACCAUUGUCAAAUGUACGACAAGUCACCUGGACGAUUCCGAUUCACACUGCAUGAAAAUGUUAACUUCAAUCACUCUAUCAUUAUUAAUAUUAUGUACCUUGAUAGAGACCCUGUACUUCACAUUGUCGACGAAGCAACACACUUCAAUGCCGCUGCAUGGCUGCCAAAUAUCUCAACAAAAGUCAUUAAUAUAUACCUGGGACCCCCAGACUUGGUUAUCACAGACGCUGGAAAGACCUUUACAAGCAGGGAAUUCUCACAAUCUGCUUUAGCUGUAGGCACAAUCAUCAAAACAGUACUAGUCGAAGCACAUUGGUCAAUUAGAACCGUUAAACGACACCAUGCCAUGAUUCGCCGCUCAUAUGAAAUCAUUAAAAAGGAAUUACCAGAUUUACCUAAAGACGCUGCCCUACAGAUGGCUGUCAAGACUGUCAACGAUACAGCCAGCCCAGAUGGUUUAGUCCCUACGCUUCUUGUUUUUGGAGCUUACCCACGAAUAGUAGAAUAUAACCCUCCUGCACCUACAAUUACAUAA